GGGAGUGGGUUUUAUUAGACGCGCAUACAGACGCAACGGGGCAAAAAGAUUGUUUUUUGUGUCUCGAAGUGCAGUUUUUGUUUCUAGAUUAAUAUGUAUUUAUUUUUAUGCAAAAAUGAUCGAAUAAUUUAAUAAGAUGCAAAGAAAGUCCUCAAUACCGCACAAAAAUAUAUUAUGUUUCACCGUUUUUAUAACUUCUUGUCUUAUUCUAACUGUAUUCUAUUACGAUAAUACUAUUCUUAACUAUGCAGCACCUUUUGCUACAGAAGAGAUUGCUUUUGUGGAAGUUCAAAAUGAAACCAGUGUCGAUGCAUUAAACAUUUCUAGCACUACCACCAAAUCGGCAGAUGUGCCUGUAAAGCUAAUAUUUUCGGAGGGUACUAAUACUUCGCACAAAAGUAUAACUAAUUCCAUACUUCAACCUUUAACGAAUACAUCAAAUAUUACAGCCGAUACAUCCACUACAAGUAGUACCUUAAAUCGUGUUACAAGUGCAAGAAGGAGUUCGUUUUAUAAUACGUUAAGUAGUACUUAUGGUUCAGUAACGGAUAAUGACGUAAUCUACUCGACACAUACAAUUACAAAGAGUACUAUUAGUACUACUUCUAGUCCUAGUACUAUCUUGGAAAAUUUUAGUACUGAUGACAUUAUCUUCGCAAGUUUAAGAACUGAUAGCAGUAUCUUGAAUAAUUUAAAUACUGACUACUUUACAGAAACGAUUCCUCGUGCUUCUCUACUAAAUUUAACUACGUUACCUCCUUCAGAACCCGAAUAUCUGGUAUCAAGUCCUAAAUGCAAAAUCCCCAACUACCAUCCGUUCAACAAAGAUACAAAACGAUUUUACCACAAGCAGAAAUACAAACCUUGCACCUACAAAAAAAUUCUUACAUACGUGACAGUUAAAGACAAUAUCGCAACUCUCCACGUUGACACCGAAAGCGUUCCAUCCUAUACUAGCAAUGGAGUCACUUGUUGCUAUUCAAAUAUUACUCGAGUAAACUACAGCAAAGAUCCAGAUAAGAGAGUCAAAUGGUCAACUUGUACGAACUUCGUUAGCAACGUUACCAUCUUCCGAGAUCCAGUGUACGUAAAAUGUCUGGAUAAAAAAACGAGAAAGGAGUUAUACGAAAACGCCCACGCAAUCACAGUAAUGGACGAGACUAUCCAGAAGAAACUUGAGAGUUUUGACAAUAUAACAAAUCCGUUCAGCAUCCUUUUAAUAGGAAUCGACAGUAUUUCCAGACUGAAUUUUAUUAGAAGCUUACCCAAUACGCAUAAAUUCGUUGAACAAAAUGGAUGGAUUCCGUUAAAGGGUUAUAACAAGAUGGCUGACAAUACGUUUCCAAAUCUUAUGGCUAUUUUAACAGGUUUUAAUAACAGUAGAGCUUAUCAAGUAUGUAAUCCCAGAAAGUUAGGAAAAUUAGACGAAUGCCCUAUGAUUUGGUAUGAUUUUAAAAAAUUAGGUUUUAUUACUGGUUAUGCAGAAGAUUCUGCGUCAAUAAAUACAUUUAAUUACAGGAAAGUUGGUUUUACCAAGCCCCCUACAGAUUAUUAUUAUAGACCUUAUAUAUUAGGCACAGAAAAUUUACACAAGUUUACCAAAAAUACAGGCGUAUACUGUACAGGUCCAGAAACAUCUGGGGAACGAAUAAUGAAUGUAGCCAAAGAUUUUGCCAUAACUUUUAAAAAUUAUCCCAGCUUUGGCUUUUUCUGGAUGAACUCCUUUAGCCACAGUGACCUUAAUAGUCCUUCAGGCAUGGAUGAUAAAGUAAAACAUUUAUUACAAGAUAUAACAAAUGAAGGUAUUACCAAUAACUCAAUAGUUAUAUUUCUCAGCGAUCAUGGAAUGAGAUUGGGAGGUAUAAGACUCACAGAUACUGGAUGGUUAGAGGAAAGAUUGCCCUUUAUUUAUGUAUCCUUUCCCAGUUGGUUUAAAAAAGGAUUUCCUAAAGAGUAUGAAAAUUUUAAAAUUAACUCAAACAGAUUAACAUGUCCCUAUGACCUCCACAUGACUCUUAAGCAUAUUUUGGUCUUAUCAGGUCGUGAUUAUAAGAUAACCUCAGGCGAAUCAUGUCCACAAUGCAAGUCGCUAUUUGAAGAAGUAGAUGCAGAUCGGUCUUGCGCAGAUGCUGCCAUUGAGAAACAUUGGUGUACAUGUAUAGGACACAAAAAGAAAAACUUCAGUAAAAAAAUAAAAACUAAACUAGCCACCUUCACACUUAAUGUAAUACACGAUAUUAUUCGAUCAGGAAAUAGUGAUCACAAGUGUGCCAAAUACUCCCUCUUCAAAGUACUAGAUGUUAAAAUAUCUGAAAAUGUCUCUGCAAAAAACGAAUCUUAUGUACUUCUACAAUUUCAAACUAACCCCAAAGCUGUGUUUGAAACUACUGUAAGCUAUAUUGGUGAUAUAAAUACUUCAAAUCUUUCUCUGUCUGGUGAUAUUAGUAGAUUAGAUAGUUAUGAUAAGCACAGUAAAUGUGUUAGUGAUGCAUAUCUUAGAAAAUAUUGUUACUGCGGUUCCAAUGGUGAGAAAGUAUGAACGUGCCUUAAUUUCAAAUAAUACCUGAAUAAUUGUUUAGAGAUCUAAUAAAUUAUUUUAUAUUAUCUUA